AUGGCUUCCUCCUUUUCAUAUCCUGAAUUAUUUUUGGCGGGUUUUAUAUUUACCUUGCCCUUUUUAUAUGAAAAAAGCAAUGUUUUUCGAUAUUACUUAAAGUUUUUCCUGUACUAUAGUUAUGUAUUGAUAACAUGUACAGUUUUAUUGCCCGUAGUGUUUUUUUAUCCUCGUGAUGUUACGAAUCUCAUUGUUGCGUCUCGGUUUUGUCGUUAUGCUUCACGUAUUGUCGGUAUUGAAUGGGAAUUACGAGGAUUGGAGCACUGGGAUAAUGAACAGUGUUAUAUAGUUAUUUCGAAUCAUCAGAGCUCCUUAGAUAUUUUAGGUAUGUUUGAGAUGUGGCCUCGAAUGAAGCGGUGUACGGUUGUUGCAAAAAGACCCCUAAUGUUCGCUGGGGCAUUUGGAUUCGGGGCUUGGCUUUCGGGUCUUGUGUUUAUCGAUCGUCUUAAAACUGACAAAGCUCGCCGACUAAUGAAACAAGCCACUGACAGAGUUAUACGCGAAAAGACUAAAUUGUGGAUAUUUCCUGAAGGCGCAAGGUAUAACAAUGGUAAUAUACAACCAUUUAAAAAAGGGGCAUUUUAUCUAGCCAUAGAUGCCCAAGUACCUAUUAUGCCUGUUGUAUUUAGCCAAUACUACUUUCUUGAUAAUGAAACAAAAACCUUUGAACCAGGGAAAGUAGUUAUUACCACAUUGCCACCAAUACCAACAAAAGGAAUGACUCGGAAUGACUUAGAAAGUCUGUCUGACAUGGCACGUCAGAAAAUGAUAGAAGUAUUUAAUGAUAGCUCCAAAGAUUUAGUUAAGCAAAAGAAAAUCGCAAUUUAAUUUAUAAAUAACUGUGAUCAUUAUUUACAUCAUUAGCAUUAUAUUUGUGUUAUUGUUAAUUAAUUUUAAGUUAUUACUCAAUAGGUAAAUAUAAAUAUUUGCCAAAGCUAAACACCCAUGUUUAAAGUGAUGAAAUAUCUAGUCAUUUUUUUUUAUUUAAUACACAUUUAUGAUUUAUUAAGAUUAACAGUAUUAUUAAGCAAAAU